GCCAUCAAUAUUCAUAAUCUCACACCUAAGGCCCUAUUCAUAAUCUCACACGCUCGAUUCCUUCCAUUUCCCCUCCCCCACUCUCUCUCUCUCUCUGUGGUUUUCUUUCCUUUCAGUUCUGUUGAAGAAAGUUCUGGACUUUUUCCCUUCGCCAGCUGGCUUUGAAUUCAGAGACCGUGCCAUGUUUCUGAUCGAUUGGUUCUACGGAGUUCUGGCUUCCCUUGGUCUGUGGCAGAAGGAAGCGAAGAUCUUGUUCCUGGGUCUCGAUAAUGCCGGGAAGACAACCCUGCUUCACAUGUUGAAAGAUGAGAGGCUAGUUCAGCACCAGCCGACCCAGUACCCAACUUCUGAAGAGCUAAGCAUUGGGAAAAUCAAGUUCAAAGCUUUCGAUUUGGGUGGUCAUCAGAUUGCUCGCCGAGUGUGGAAAGAUUAUUAUACUCAGGUGGAUGCAGUGGUGUACUUGGUAGACGCAUUCGACAAGGAAAGAUUUGCCGAGUCCAAAAAGGAACUUGAUGCACUCCUCUCAGACGAGUCACUGGCCACCGUCCCAUUCCUGAUACUCGGGAACAAGAUCGACCUACCAUACGCUGCCUCUGAAGACGAGCUUCGCUACCACAUGGGCCUCACCAACUUCACGACAGGGAAGGGCAGAGUUAACUUGGCUGACACCAAUGUUCGGCCGCUCGAGGUGUUCAUGUGCAGCAUCGUCCGGAAAAUGGGUUAUGGAGAAGGCUUCAGGUGGAUGUCUCAGUACAUCAAGUAGGGUUGAGGAAGGGUAUUUAGUGAAACAGAGAACUGGUUUGGUUUGGUUUCUCUGCUUGGUGCUGGGCUUUUCUUAUAUACUUGAAUUUGGGGUUAAUUGCAUUGUUGGUCACUGAGAUUACUAAAAACGUUCAUGUUUGGUCACUCGAAAUAUUUAAAUCCAUUCAUGGUCACUACAUUUAGUAAGAGAAUCCAAAUUUGGUCA